GUGUGGUGAGCAUCAAUCGUCCGUUCUGAUGCAGAAAAAAGAGAAAAUUAGUCAAUAAGUAGCUCACAAGACACAAAAAUGGACUAUUUGAUAGCGAACGUGGAUCAUGUCUUCUUCAAAAUCGAGGAGGAUUUGGAUCAGCAAUACGGAACAGUGCCAUUUCCCGGCAUGGACAAAUCGACUGCAGCUGUAUGUUUGUUCUAUAACCAAGCUGAUGGCACAGAUGGAUGCGAAAAGGGCGCAAGUUGCCCAUUUCGUCACAUUCGGGGCGACAGAACAAUCGUUUGCAAACAUUGGCUCCGCGGUUUGUGCAAAAAGGGCGAUCAGUGUGAAUUUUUGCACGAAUUCGACAUGACAAAGAUGCCCGAGUGUUAUUUCUAUUCGCGCUUCAAUGCGUGUCACAACAAAGAAUGUCCGUUCCUGCACAUCGAUCCGGAGAGCAAGAUAAAAGAUUGUCCGUGGUAUGAUAGAGGAUUUUGUCGUCACGGCCCAAGUUGUCGACAUCGUCACGUUCGUCGCGUAUUGUGUAUGAAUUAUCUCGCCGGAUUUUGCCCGCAAGGCGCUGAAUGUAAAUAUAUGCAUCCGCGAUUCGAGUUACCGCCGCCGCCAGAGUCAAAAGAUGGAAUUGCGGGGAAAAAGCCGCCUGUUUGUCAUUAUUGUGCGGAAUUGGGACACAAAGCGUCGUAUUGCCCGAAAAUGCCGCCCGAGCAGCGCGAAGUGCUGCAACGACAGGAAGAAGCAAAGUACAAAGCGUUGGGUUAUCUGAAACAGGGACUUCAACCGCCGCCCCCAGAAGACGAUUUGUCGAGACCUCCGCCUGCACAAAGACCGCCGCCGCGCCCCUUGGAGGAAAUUACGUGUUUCAAGUGCGGCAACAAAGGGCAUUACGCCAACAAAUGCCCCAAAGGAUUGUUGGCUUUCCUCUCACAGGCCAGCAAUCGCGAACGACAACAAAUGGAACAUCAGCGAAAUCAAAACAAUCGACCUCUUUAAAAUUUCUCAUCUGCGUGCAUCUUAUUAUUUCUAAAAAACUAAACAAAAAAAAUAAAAUAAGUUCU